GAGUUAUAUAAAUUUGAGCAAUUGGUGUGGUUUGCCUUAAAUCAUGGCGACUAUAUCAUUUGCUAAAAGUUUGGUUAACCCAGCACUCAAAUUAGUAUUAAAACAAAGCCAGCCUUCUUACUUACGAUGCGUUGGGGUGCCCUCUUUGACUCCUCUGAGUAUUAUACUGCGAAGAAACUACGCCGAGAAGCAGGUCUUUGAGAGAACUAAACCCCAUUGCAAUGUAGGUACUAUUGGACAUGUUGAUCAUGGAAAAACUACUUUGACAGCUGCAAUUACUAAAGUUCUUGCCGACUUAAACUUAGCCCAGAAGAAGGGCUACUCUGAUAUUGAUAAUGCACCAGAAGAGAAAGCUAGGGGUAUCACAAUUAACGUUGCUCAUGUUGAAUACCAGACAGAGAAAAGGCAUUAUGGUCACACUGAUUGUCCUGGCCAUGCUGAUUACAUUAAGAAUAUGAUCACAGGGACAGCACAAAUGGACGGAGCCAUACUUGUAGUGGCUGCAACAGAUGGUGUUAUGCCUCAAACAAGGGAACAUCUCAUCCUUGCUAAGCAAAUUGGUAUCCAGCAUGUUGUGGUUUUCAUCAAUAAAGUUGAUGCUGCUGAUCAAGAGAUGGUAGAACUUGUAGAAAUGGAAAUUCGUGAACUUAUGACUGAAAUGGGCUAUGACGGAGACAAUAUUCCUGUAAUUAAGGGUUCAGCUUUAUGUGCUCUAGAAGGGAAAAGUCCAGAAAUUGGAACAGAUGCCAUUGUGAAACUGUUAGAAGAGGUAGAUUCGUUUAUUCCUACUCCUGUUCGUGAACUGGACAAGCCAUUCCUCUUACCAGUGGAGGCUGUCCACUCAAUUCCUGGUCGUGGUACUGUAGUCACUGGUCGUUUAUAUAGAGGUACAUUGAAGAAGGGUACUGAAUGUGAAAUUGUUGGCCAUGGUAAGGUCAUGAAGACUACAGUUACUGGAGUAGAAAUGUUCCACAAGACUUUGGAUGAAGCUCAGGCUGGUGAUCAACUUGGUGCCUUAGUGCGUGCAGUUAAAAGGGAACAAAUUAAAAGAGGCAUGGUAAUGGCAAAGCCUGGCACUGUUAAAGCCCAUGACUCUUUCGAAGCUGCAGUCUACAUUUUAAGUAAGGAAGAGGGAGGUCGUUCAAAACCUUUUACAUCAUUUAUUCAACUUCAGAUGUUUUCUAUGACAUGGGAUUGCGCCACUCAGGUUACUAUUCCCCAGAAAGAAAUGGUUAUGCCAGGAGAAGAUGCUACAUUAAAUUUGAGACUCGUGAAGCCUAUGGUAUGUGAACCUGGACAAAGGUUUACUCUUCGUUUAGGAGACUUGACAUUAGGAACAGGUGUCAUUACUAAAAUAAAUGCUAAUCUCUCAGAAGAAGAGAGGUUGAAGAUUAUGGAAGGAAAGAAGGCAAGGGAAAAGGCAGCAGCAGCAGCAGCAGCAAAGAAGUAAAAUGAUGUAUUGUUA